AUGAGCUGCUUCAAUAUCUCCCUUUUCUGCCCGACUUUGUUUGUUGUGGGCAAUGAUUUGGUUGCAGAGCUGCUCGUCCAGCUGGAGGUCUACUCUGGCUUCUGGUCUACACCAGGCCGCCCACAGCAUUCCACAGUCUACAACAAUAAUGAGCAGAUCAGGAUUGUGAUGGUGGGCAAGACUGGAGCUGGGAAGAGCGCCACAGGAAACACCAUUCUGGGACGAAAGUGCUUUGAAUCUAAGUUCUCCCCCACAUCUUUGACGACAGUCUGUGAAAAGGCUUUUAGUGAGGUGGAUGGACAAAAGGUUGCUGUUAUCGACACUCCAGGCCUGUUUGACAACAGAUACACUGAAAAAGAAACAAUUCAAAAUAUUGCCCAAAGCAUUGCUUAUGCUUCUCCUGGACCUCAUAUCUUCCUAGUCGUCAUCAAACUAGACAGAUUCACAGAGGAAGAAAAGCAAACAGUGCAGAAAAUUCAGAAAAUCUUUGGUGAGGAAGCCAACAAAUACAGCAUGGUUCUCUUUACCCAUGGCGACCGGCUCAAAGGGACACCUAUCAAGGACCUCCUGAAGGACAACAAAGAUCUGAAGGAACUUGUGGCACAAUGUAACGGCCAGUAUCACAUGUUCAAUAAUGAGGUGGAGGAUCGUUCUCAGGUCAGCAAGCUGCUUCAGAAGAUCAGAAAAAUAAAUGUGCAGAACGGAAGAAGCUACUACACCACUGAAAUAUUCCAAAAGGCAGAGAGAGCGAUUGAAGAGAAGAAACAACAAAUCCUGAAAGAGAGAGAACAGCAAAACCGCAAAGAGCAGGAGGAACUGACGCAGAAAACUAAUGAAAACUAUAAGCAAAAACUGAGAGAAGCGAGUGGUGACAGAGCGAGGGAGAAAAAAGUAAAGGAAGAACAUGAAAGGGAACAACAAAUUGAAAAUACAAAACUGAAGGGAAAACAUGAAAAAACGGCCAGAAAGCUAGCUGAGAAAAGCUAUCGAGUCCUAAGGAUAAUAUUUACCUUCGUUCCAGUGGUUACUUCACUUUGCAACUAUUUUCUGAAUGACAUAGAAGAUGAAGAUAUAGACAUAGAUAUAGAAUAA